UCUGUCGUCUGGAUCCCACCCCUCUAUCUGCAGGACCCCGGACCGUAAUGAUCCUACAACAGCCCCUAGAGCGUGGCCCUCCAAGUCGGGAUCCACGGAUCACCACUGGGGUGACUCGCGGCCUGGACGCCAGGGACCCCUUGCACAAGCAGUUUCUGUCUGAGGAGAACAUGGCCACCCACUUCUCCCGACUCAGCCUACAUAAUGACCACCCCUACUGCAGUCCCCCUGUGACUUUUCCCCAAGCCCUGCCACCACUCAGGAGCCCUUGUCCAGAGCUGCUUCUCUGGCGCUAUCCUGGGAGCCUGAUCCCUGAGGCCCUCAGGCUGCUGAGGCUGGGGGAUACCCCCAGUCCCUACUACCCUGCAUCCCCAGCUGGGGACAUCAUGGAGCUCUGAGUGCUGAUGAUGACCAGUGACCCUCCUCACCUUAUUCCUGACAACAAAGACCAGCAACCCCCAGAAAAGGAUGAGGUCCUUCCCCAGUAACAGGACAGAUGAUACCGAGCUCAGUGAUACCCUGAGUGGGAGGGGCAUCAGCUUGGAAAGGGGAAAGUAUCACCCCAUUAGUGAAUAAAGAUUUCUGAGCAGUU